CUAUGGAAAACAACAUGAUUGUUUUGGUGGGGUAUACACUUUACGAGGGUUACGUGAACGCACCGGCUAACUUGGGUAAUCUGAUUUAUCGUCUCGGUUAAGCGCACGUAGCUAACGUUAGCCAGGAUUACCAUUUUUAGUUUUCUAUCUCUACCGUUUAAUAUCCAUCUGACGUCAAAUAGCCACCCAUUUCAAGAAUGGCAUCGCUUGGGGAGCCCGUGCGGUUGGAAAGAGAUAUAAACCGUGCUGUUGAACUGCUUGAUAAACUCCAGAGGACAGGGGAAGUGCCUCCCCAGAAGCUGCAGGCGCUGCAGAGGGUCUUACAGAGUGAAUUCUGUAACGCUGUCAGAGAAGUUUAUGAACAUGUGUAUGAAACCGUGGACAUCAACAGCAGUCCGGAGGUCAGGGCCAACGCCACAGCCAAGGCUACUGUGGCAGCUUUUGCCGCAAGUGAGGGACACUCACAUCCACGUGUCGUGGAACUGCCCAAGACAGAAGAAGGCCUGGGUUUCAACAUAAUGGGUGGAAAGGAGCAAAACUCCCCUAUAUACAUCUCCCGGAUCAUCCCAGGUGGCAUCGCUGACCGACAUGGAGGACUUAAGAGAGGCGACCAGCUUCUCUCUGUUAAUGGGGUGAGUGUGGAAGGUGAGCACCACGAGAAAGCUGUGGAACUCCUCAAAGCAGCGCAGGGCACAGUGAAGCUGGUUGUAAGGUACACCCCCAAAGUCCUAGAGGAAAUGGAGUCACGCUUUGAGAAAAUGAGGUCGGCAAAGCGCCGGCAACAGAACAACUACCCCCAGUAGGAUUUUUUUUUUAGUUUUGGUGCUCUGCUCCCAUGUCUCUCCUCCUAUAGCCUUCUGGCUAUUUGUUCUGGUCUCUUUAUUUUCCUGUCCCGAAAAGCUUAACAAACACAAAAAAUUAGUUUUAGUUUCUUUUCACACAUACUGUUCAUUGUGCUUCUACCCGUUUCUGUAGCAUUUUUAAUAUUCACCAUUAUUACACUGGACGCUACAACUCUAGACAAACACUAUAAUGAUCAUGAUUGUCAGUGUAGGUGGUCGCUCACACUUGUGCAUUAUUUUUGAAUUGACAAUUUGAAUGCAACUAUGAGUGCUUUUGAGACCAAUUACACAAUUCCUUUGACUGGAAAGGUAGUGUUUUUAAUUUUAUCACAGCAGCCAAGUGCCUCAGGGCAAACACAGUUAUCUCAUGUACUGUUUUCACCGUUAUAUUUUCCUUUUUAAUGGUUUAAAAGUCAAGUACUGUUAAUUAAAUGCUUUUUGCAGGAAUAACUGCUUUGCAUCUGUUGUCAAAUUGGAUGUAAAUACAUGGUAGACUUAUGUAAAACCCUUU